AUGGCUCGAAUGCAGGUCACUCUGGAUGUGUUUCAAAACGCGCAUAGGACAAUGGUGCUGGACAAUGAGACGCCGUGGAGCCAUCCAUUACUGUAUCGGAACUUCAUGCCGCGAUCCAUGCAAGCCGACCUUCUAGCAUCGGAACAGCCAACCAGUGCUAUAGAGUGUCUAGCACGCUUACAGGCGCUGAUAAUUUACCAAACAAUAAGACUCUUUGAUGACGACACAUCGGCUCGCUUGGCCGCCGCCAUGACCAUGCCGGCCCUGCGCUCUUCGUUGACUUAUUUCCUACAAAAUGUGUAUGUGGAUGACACUUUAGCGUUCGGAAAUCCCCCCAUCAGUUCUCUUCUCGAGGAACCGUCAUCUUCGUCAGCUGCCGAUCACGGCCUCAGCAGGGACUUUUGGCAGACCUGGAUCUUUGAAGAAUCAGCGCGUCGCACAAUAUUCCUAGCAUACCUCUUGAUUCGCAUCUGGGAAGUCAUGUACAUUUUCAGCAACAACAACGACAAAGCCGAGCAGGAGAAAAAACAGCAAAUGAGGAAAAAUCAUAAGUGUGACGGUCGACUAGGCUCGUCGCAUUGCUGGUACUUGUCAUCACACUUAUGGCAAGCUCGGACCCGAUAUGAAUUUGCAUUGGCGUACGCGGAGAAGAAUCGAUUCCUGAUCCGAGACUUGGAUUUUACGGAAUUUUUGGCGUUUGGUUAUCCAGAUGAUGUUGACAUGUUUGGGAAAAUGGUCUUGUCGGCUUCGAUGGGGAUAGAAGCCUUUCAGAAUUGGUGUUCGGCUAGAGGGGGAAUGUGA